CACAAACCAGCCUCAAUUCAGCGAAUCAGCUCUGUGCUUUCAGUACCACAACUUCGCAAGUCCACUACUACUAUACACUUGGAUCACAAUUCAGUAUCCUCGCCAGCAGCGAAGCAAGAACAAGGAGGAGGAGAGAUGGCUGCUCCGGCGAAGGCAUCGUGGAUGGUGGCCAUGAGCGUGGGCGCCGUGGAGGCCCUCAAGGACCAAGCCGGGCUCUGCCGCUGGAACUAUGCCCUCAAGUCCAUCCACCGGGCAGCCAAGGCCAACGUCUGCGGCGGCAUCUCGCAGGGCACCAAGCAGCUUCUGGCCUCCGCGUCGGCCGUGGCGGAGCGGCGGCGAGCGGAGAAGGCCGAGGAGGGGCUGAGGACCGUGAUGUACCUCAGCUGCUGGGGCCCAAAUUAGGAGUACUAGUAGCUUAGGGGUGCUGUGUCCGUUGCAGUUUGUGCUUACGUGACAACGCCAUGAUCGAUUGUAAAUACAGCACGAUGAUAAUGAUGAAAAUUUCGGCUAUGAGUUUAUAUAUCA